CUCAACAGCAACCUUCGACAGACUUCUCCACACCAGUAACAACAGCAGCAACAAUGACCGUCGUCGCGCCCGUCUACGACAAGUCCAACCCCAAGGCGGAGAAGCUCUACCCCUACCACCUGCCCUUCUCGCCCGAGUGGGCCGAGAAGAAGGACAUCUUCGGCUCGUCGACGAUGAUGAUGGCCGGCGGAGGCAUGUUCAUGCGUAACCCGCUCAUCAUCUGGUCGGCAAUGGUGCUCGCUGUCCAGCAGUACGUCACGGCCGAGCCGCUGCGCAAGGGCAAGGACGCGGCGAGCCCCCUGGCGACGAUUGGAAUGGCCCUUUCCGGCGUCUUUGCUCUCACCGUCCCCAAGAUCAUGCUCGCCCCCGAAGCCGCCCACGCUGCGGGCGCCGCCGCCGCGUCGGCGGCGACGUCGUAAAAGGGUUGGAUGCAGUUGUACCUGGGUAGA